UUUUCCCUUUUUUUUUACUCUGCAAACGAUUGUGAGCGAUCAGACACGCCAAUCGACUGCCAUGCCAGCAUACAAAGCAACUACGAAAAGGAAGCGCGAUAGUGACGUUGAAGAAUUAGAGGAAGAAGAAUAUGAAGUGGAAAGCAUAAGAAAUCACCGUGUUCGCAAUAAAGUUUUGCAAUACCUAAUCAAAUGGAAAGGUUACGACAGCGAUGAAAACACGUGGGAACCGGAAGAUGCAGUAUCAGCCGAUGAAAUUCUCGCUCAGUAUUGGAAAGACAAAGGUGGAAAAGACGGUCCAGCCAUGAGCAAAUCAAAAAAACCUGGCCGUCACGCGCCCAAAAAGCGCGCAAGUUCAGUUCAGAGAUCUACGCCCGAUCCACAGAAUACCAAGCGAUCUCGUACUUUAUCCAAAAAAACGGACGUUGACAGCGACAAGGAAUCUUUGUCCAACGAAACUGCCACUGAGAAUAUCAUUUAUGAUGAAACGACCGAUUACGACGUGAUAAAGGAUACCAACUUUAGAAUGGAUAGCUCCUGGGAUUGGCCAACCGCCGUCAAAGAGAUUGAAACGGUUGUCAAGGAACCUGAAAAUGAUCCCAACGGAAGCAUAUAUGCUGUGUUACGAUGGAAUGAUGGUGUCUUAUCCAUGUGUCCAACCACUGUGAUACGCGAUAAAUGUCCCCAAAAGCUGAUUGGCUUUUAUGAGCAGAGACUGAAAUUUGAGAGUGUUGCUCGGUGAUUGAAUUAUCUAUUUCAUUUUAGUCAUCGAAGCUGGUUUAUUUCAUUAAAACCAUCCCCACGCUUCCACCUUUUUUCCUUUUCUUCUGUGCAA